AUGACGGAAGAAGAUCGAGUUGACAUCUCCGAGGAAGUCAACCCACCGGCUCCGACUCUUUCUCAACCACCUCUAACACACGCUCCGCCGCCUCUGACCCCUGCGGGCAUACUCCCGGCAUACUCAGGCGCCCCUCCGGCAUAUCUCCCGCCCUUGACGUCUUCAAGAGCGCUCCAUGCACAGACCUCACAGACGCCCUCUGCCUCCGAGGACCAAGCCCGCAUCGCCGCACUCGAAGGCACGGUCAAUCAAUUGGCCACAAGCAUGGCCGCCAACAUGGCGGAGCUGUUUGCCCUACUCAAGGGAUCUAACCGAGCCUCUUCGAGCUCCACGCCUCCACCAGGACCGCUGCCGACGGCCGAUCCAACCCCGUGGGCUCCACCAACCCAAGCCCCAGAGAACAUUGAGGCUCCCGCACUGCCAACGCUGCACGCAUCCACGGUCCACCCCUUCACCGGCCAAUUUCCACCGCCGUCGGCCCCCACGGCCAUCCCUCUUCCACCGGCGACCUUCCUAUCCUCGGAGCACGUCCUGUCCGCGCCUCCGCUCGUUUCCAUACCGGCCCUAGCUAUGGCCUACACAGUACCUCCGCCGAUAGUUUUCUCGGCGUCCAGUGCACCUGCUCCGACUCAUCUUCAAGCCACGGAGCUUCCUCCCUAUCCGUCUCUACAGCUCACGCAGGCCUCUCCUACUAGGCACCGCCCCCUAUAA